AUGAUUGACGAGAGUGAGGUGAUAAUCGACGAAAGUCGAAAGAAUAAUUUUCUAUCGUUGAAAGACAAAGCGGAAAUUUUGGAGCGACUGGAUCAGGGAGAGUCUGCGACAAACUUGGCUUCAGAAUAUGGCAUAUCAAAAUCGACAAUAUCAAGAUUUAAAAAGCGAAAAGAAACCAUUCACAUGGCGAUUACAUCGAUAUAUCCAAAUAAUACUGAUCGAAGAACGUUGCGGGGAACGUUUCAUCCGAAAAUGGAACAAGCGCUAUAUAAAUGGUAUGUAGAGCAAAGCAAUCAGAAUGUAGACGUUUCAACGGCAAUGUUACGUAGCCAAGCCCAAAUUUUCUACGCUGAAUUCCAAGAGAAUAACUACACGUUUUCGGCAAGCACAGGUUGGAUAAAAAAUUUCAAAAAACGUUUCGGUAUCGGUCGCCUGAGCGGUAAUAAAAAUACUGAACCACGCAAACGUAAGACAGUCAACACAGACGACGCACUGGAGUGUGAAACAAUUGAAUAUUUGAUUGAAACGACACCGGAUUGUAAGCCGAAUUUUGCACAACAGAUCACAUGCACGAUAAAACCAAAGGCUGAGAUUACGGAGGAGGAAUUUGUUGACGACAACGAAGCAUAUCGAUGUUUGGAAACUGUGAUAAAAUGGUCAAUGCAACGGGGAAUGGACAGACUCUACUUGACCAUGCUGCGAAAACUCAAAUCCAAAGCACGCAAAGGAAGGAAAUAGCGUAUAAAAACGAUGACUUAGAAAUAAUGACAAAAAAGUGUUCAAAACCGAAUUCGUUUAGACCAUUAAGAAUGAGUUAGUUAGUUUUUCGUAUCAAGUGACUAAUGUUGUUUACUAGCCCAAUAAAAGCGAAAAUUUGUGUACUACAAAAAAUUCUUCUAGAUUAUCUCAUUCACAUGUUCUUCUCAGUAAAUUGAAAUCAAUUUGUCAUUCGAUGAAUUAGCAACUUCCACUUUUCUGCCGUUGAAGAGGACUGUCUGAUAAAUUGAAUACCACGGAAACACAUGACACAUAAUUGAAUCACAGAUUGACGAAGACAAUUUGCAAUUACCAUACGAUUCAUGUUGUACCGCUUACCGAGCGACACACAUCCACAUCGUUCCAAUACAUACCAUCGGUUCAACGUGUGUUGAUAAUCGGUAGGUCGUCCGUUUCUAUUUGUGUGUAUAUCGUAUGGUGGAGUUGUGAGUGUGUUAUGGUGACUGCUGCAAUAAUAGCAACAACAACAAUAACAGCAAUUCACCGUCCGUCGCAUGACGGUCGUUCGGCUAAAAAGACAGCUAACUUACUCGGUCGGCUUUCAGUUCAGUAUUGAAUCUCGCCGGCAUCGCAUUCCGAAUCGCUUAUUCCGAAGUGUGUUUCAUUUUUAGUUCAUUGUAUUCGAACGAAAAAGUAAAAAAAGAAAAAAAAUUUCAAACACAAACUUCUUUUGCGUUAGUGUGUGUCCAUUGAAACACAGUAUCUCGUGCUAAUAAGAAUAAUUCGUUGAAUUCUUAGUUCAGCUUUUUGUGCAAAAGUGUUCAAGUUUUUUUUUUCGUGUGUGACAAGAACGAACCUUGGGUGUGUCAAUAA